UUUGAAUCCGACAUUCCAUUUUAGCCCUACUUUCAGGGCUGAUGCGGAGGUCCUUGAUGGGCUAUACUCAGUCAUGGAGAAGAUGGCACCUGUUGGUUGUACUCAGACAGAUCUUAUGCGAGAGCUACAGUUGUUCUCAAAUGCACAAGGGGAGACCUUUUCUCGUCCUAUCGCCAAAGAAAGUAGGACAACUAUGAUGCCAGAUAAUUGGUGGAGCUUUUUUGGCCCAACGACACCAAAUCUUCAGAAGUUGGCCAUUCGCAUCUUGAGCCAACCAUGCAGUGCAUCUGGUUGUGAGCGCAAUUGGAGUAUGUUUGAGCACAUACACUCCAAGAGGCGCAAUAGAUUAUCCGUGGAGAAGAUGAAUGAUCUUAUCUUUGUUCACUACAACCUCCGCCUGAGAAUGAGAAAGAAUGCAUUAGCUGACAUCUCUCCUAUCAUUCUAGAUGAGGUUGAUCCUGAGGCAGAGUGGGCCAUUGAGACAGAUCCUGUGGCUGUCUUUAGUGAUGAUGAUGUACCUGAUGUUGGUGAGCAUGGCGUGGUGUCACGAGGAGCGGCUAUGGCUGCCCAAUCAUCUAUGACCUACCUUAGACGCCUUCGUAGGGGACCGGGGCCUUCAUCGGAGCCGACGUCGGGGCCGGAGGGUGCAGACUCCUCUGCGCCAUAG